CACUUUUGUGUGUUUCAGUGUAUUUUAGCGUAGUUCAGGAUGUGGUGUAGCAGAGCGGCGGUUCGGCAGGUCGCUCUCGGGCUCGGAGCGACGCAGCGCGCCAUGGCAACAUUACCGCGCGUCUACGUCUCCCGUAAAGUGCCGCCGCAGGGACUGGAAAUCCUGCGCAAGUCUGCACAAGUGCAGAUCGAGCUGUGGGACUCUGAUGACCCAGUUCCUCGGCAGGAGCUCCUGAAAAAGGUGAAAGGCUGCGAUGGUCUGCUCUGCGUCCUCACUGAGAAGAUCGACGCUGAAUUGUUGAACGCUGCAGGUCCAAAACUAAAGGUGGUCAGCACCAUGUCGGUCGGGUUUGAUCAUCUUUCACUGGAUGAGCUGAAGAAAAGAGGAAUCCGUGUAGGAUACACACCAGAGGUGCUGACUGAUGCGGUGGCGGAGCUGACUGUUGCCCUUCUCCUCACUACUUCGCGAAGACUCAUUGAAGCAACUCAUGAAGCCAAAACUGGUGGUUGGGGAACAUGGAGAACUCUGUGGUUGUGUGGUUAUGAGUUGGCCAACAGUACAGUCGGCAUCUUCGGGCUCGGAAGGAUUGGAGUGGCCAUCGCUGAGCGUCUGAAACCCUUUAAAGUAAACAAAUUCAUCUAUACAGAUGUGGCACCGAGACCAGAGCUGGCAGAGGCCAUCCAGGCAGAGUACGUGUCCAUGGACGAGUUGGCUAGACGUUCUGAUUUCUUGGCGGUGUGCUGUGCGCUGACUCCCGACACUCAGGGCAUCUGCAACAAAAACCUUUUCUCCAAGAUGAAGAACACAUCCAUUUUCAUCAACACAAGCAGAGGAGGUGUGGUGAACCAAGAGGACCUGUAUGAAGCAUUAUCUUCAGGCCAGAUCGCUGGUGCAGGACUGGACGUCACCACACCGGAACCCUUGCCCACUAGCCACCUGCUCUUCUCACUCAAAAACUGUGUGAUCCUGCCUCACAUCGCCAGCGCCUCAUACACUACACGUAACGACAUGUCCGCUCUCGCUGCCAACAACCUGCUUGCUGGACUCAGAGGAGAACCCAUGCCAAAGGAGCUUCAGCUCUAGAACUCACUGGAACUGUUCAACCUGAUGAGAAAUGAAUAAACUGAUCAUUUUGACCACACA